UGUCCUCGCUAACUUAUCGAUAGUCCCAGCAGACACCUGUUAUUCCAUCCCUGGUAAUGAUUUAAAAACCAAAAAAUAUUCAUUUGUUUACACUUAUCGCUUAAAAAUUAAUUAUUUAUUUCUUUUACCAAUGUGUGGCCGCACUUGCCUAACCCUAGAUCCGGAUGAAGUUUUGUGUGCCUGUAAAUAUCCCAAGAAAACCAUAAAAAAGGAGCCGGAAUCCAAAGACGAUGAUAAAGUUAAGGAUGAGGAAGGGUCUGACCUGGAGACUCCCGAGUGGCGGGCGGAAUUCAACCUGGGAAGGCGCUAUCAGGCCUCCUAUAACAUAGCGCCCACCGACAUUACACCCGUAAUAGUGUCCGCAGCUCACUUCUCGGAUUCCGAGGAUCAGAGAUGCGCCCGCGUGGUCAUGCCCAUGAUGUGGGGCAUGAUUCCCUUCUGGCACAAGGGCGACUACCGGCGACACGGUCUCACAACCAACAAUUGCCGGCUAGAGCACCUGAUGGACUCCAAACUCUAUCGAGGUCCCUUCAAACGUGGCCAGCGCUGUGUGGUUAUCUGCGAGGGAUUCUACGAGUGGCAGACGGCUGGUCCGGCAAAGAAGCCUUCAGAGCGAGAGGCUUACCUGGUAUUUGUACCUCAGGCGGGCGACGCCGUGAUCUACGACAAGAGCACCUGGUCGCCCCAGGAUGUGAAGCUGUUGCGGAUGGCCGGCCUCUUUGACGUCUGGGAGGACGAGAGCGGCGACAAAAUGUACAGCUACAGCAUCAUCACCUUCCAGUCCAGCAAAAUCAUGUCCUGGAUGCACUACCGCAUGCCCGCGAUCCUCGAAACCGAGCAGCAGAUGAAUGAUUGGCUGGACUUUAAGCGAGUAAGCGAUGCUGAGGCCUUGGCCACUUUGCGUCCGGCCACCGAGCUCAAGUGGCAUCGAGUGGCCAAGGUGGUGAACAAUUCGCGGAACAAAAGCGAAGAGUGCAACAAGCCCAUCGAGUUGGCCGCCAAACCUGCAAAACCACCGAUGAACAAAACGAUGAUGGCCUGGCUGAAUGUCCGCAAGAAGCGGGAAGAACAAGAAAAGAGUGAUCCCAGCGAUAUUGAGAAACAGGAAGCAGGGGGCGGCAGCAAGCGCAGGACCUCCUCUGAUGGUUCCACCGUCGACAGUCCAGCUAAGACGCCCAGGUUUGGGGACUUCAAGAGCACAGCUCUCCAGCAGAGUGGCGGCAGCAGUGACAGCGAGGUGAAAUCGGCAGAAGGAUAAGCACCACAGAUCCCCAAACUUCCAUAGUUGUAGUACAUUAAGUUUAUUUUUAUUAAAAACCGAAAUAUUUGUUCUCAAUACCCAAAGUUCUAAGCAUUGUCAUCGUUGUGGUGGCUUAAUUACAGAAGUUGGGGCUUAGCGACUAAAAGAUUGUUUAAAAUUUGUUUCUUGACGUGAGCUUAAUUAACUAAUUUUAUGUUUGAACUUGUCGUAAUCAAAUGAUCUUGUUUUGUGUGUGCGAUAUAAUUUUGAGCGCCACUGUAUUGAGCUUGAAAGUUUUCGUUGUCGCUGCAUAAAUUGCAUUAAGAACAAAAAGAAAAGCUGCACAUGAAGCAUUUGUGUGUAUAUAUAGUAUGAAUUGCUCAUAACUUUUGAUUGCAUUGGCGAAAAAUGAGCAAAAAAUAUGGGGAAAUUGGGUCAAUGUUAUGGAUUGUUCGCGGGAAAAGGUUUAAGUGGUGCACUUGUGUUGCUUACAACUAUAAAUUUGUUGUAUAUUAGUCUACGAAUUGUAUAUUUAUAUAUGUAUACGUUGCAUGAACUUUGAAAUGCUUGAUGAGAAAUACAAAAGAAUACUCUGCA